UCGGUCUAGCGGCAGCGCGCAGAACUAACGUGACAGGGGCGCAUUCAGUACUGCUCUCUUUUGAGCUCACGUGGAACCAUCGCCCAUUCUGGCUAUUUGCAAACAAACUACAGCAAGCCGUUAGUGAACAACAAAGAAGACUCGUGGUGGGGCAGGCGCGCUGUACGUCGGAAGGAGGUAAUAUAUUUCGUAGAUGAGGGCAUGCGAUUUCUGAAAGGUGGUUCUUGUAGUAAUGUAUGAAUUCAAAUAUGAUAUUGUCAGCCGAAAACAAGUUACUGUGUUGCAUGAAGAAUAAGACAGGAGCCUGUGGCUGUUUUCUGCACGGGAGCCAUGGGGGGAGAAUGGGUAUGGGGUCAAGAUGAGUGAGGGAGGCAGCCAGGGCCCAGAGUCCCUGGGCCCUGCCUAUCCUGGGACAGGAGGUGGCGGUGGCUACCAGCAGCCUCCAUCUCAGCCUCCCACACCAUCUUCCACCGUCCAAGACAAUGGAGGUGGCUAUAAGGAAGAUUUCUCUGGAGUGGAUGUAAAUGGUACAUCAAAAUCUUCAUCUUCAUCAGGUCUUCCACCCUUUAGUUCAUUCUCAGCAGCAGAUGAAGCACUGAAUUCACGAAUGUCUGGGGACGCCUUUGGGGAAGGCCUCACCAGCCGCCUCCUGGAUAUUUCUUCGUGGGAUUAUUAUGGCAGUGAGGGACUGGCUGGAAGGAUUGUGGAUAGACCAACUACAGAUGGAUUGCCCAUGCUGGUACCACAGCCACAGUACCGUCCUUGGGAAAGCAAGGGUCCAGAUAGCGUACAUAAUGACACGCUGCUCAAAUCGAUUGCACCGGCUCCACCCAGUGCAAUCCCAGCCUUCACUGAUUCAUUUUCAGCCACCACGGCACAAAAACUUCCUUCCUUCCAGUCACAAUUCAAUGCCUUCCCGCAGGAGCAGACGGUUACUGGGAACAAUGGAGAAGUGUUGACCACCCUAACGGCAGCCUCUCCUUCGCCUUCAUCAUCAUCAUCUGGGCUUCCUAGCUUCCAUACUUUGUCAACAGUAAAUCCACGUCCUGGAUACCCUCUGGUGCCUGCACCGGUUCAGGCUAGAGAGAUACCAGCCAUUCAACAGCAGUUCCUUGAUGAGCGACAUAUCCAACUGUUUGCUCAUACUCAGCCUUUUGGUGCACCACAUCCUCAUCUUAAUAAUCAACCAGCUGUCGCCACAUUAGGUAAUGCUCAGUUUCACCAUCAUUCUCAUCAAAUCACUCUCACCCCACCUAACACUGCACCUCCUCUUCUCCCAGGCAAUACUCUAGUCGCGCAGAAUGCGCCCACUGUCCUGACAGUAGUCAAGACCGAACCAGUUACCCUGGUUACAUCGGACUAUAAAAUGGCCCCACAGCAGCUAACACAAUUGCAUCACUCCAAUUUCCAAAAUCCUAUGGGAGUGAUUGAUGUUAAUAAGAUGGGUGAUGGGCUUAAAUUCAGUGAUAGUCCUACCCGGGGCACAGACUCAAGGAAGAAAGAAAGGCGAAAAGUCCGUGCAUCAUCACUGGAAAGUUCAACUGAAAGUGAUGGUGCAGGCAGCAGCAGUGUGGAAAGUUCUGGCCAAGUGGCUGCAGUAUCCAGCACUGCAGGCUUCAAGUCUCCUAUGCAGCCAUCGAGUACUCCCUCUGUGUCAGACUCAGAGGGAGAGAAGCCAGUGAAGAAAAAGCGCAAACGUUGUGGAGAAUGCACAGGCUGUCAGCGCAAGGACAACUGUGGUGACUGUGCUCCUUGCCGCAAUGAUAAGAGCCACCAGAUCUGCAAGAUGCGCCGCUGUGAGAAACUCACAGAAAAGAAGGUACCGUCGACGAACACCAACGAUAUACGCCAGUAUUUGGCAGCACCGCUUCUCACGCACGUACGAGCGUGCAUUGCUCGGUCGUUUAUUCUCAAAAUAGGUCACUGGGAAGCGUCCGCCUCACGAGAGCACAGGUGCUCGCUCACGUCGAGCGCCGUUCUUCAACGCGCGACCCGAACGUCCGCGCGCGAUCUCAGGGGUUCCGAGGGAAGGUGUCGCGGACGCAACAGCAACAGCAGCAGCAACAGCAAGCGCAGCAGUCGGCCGCCGCGCCGGUCAAUGACAGCGCCGCCAUGAUGUCCGGAACCACCGCGCCGUCUGUGAUGCCGUUCUACGGAGCCAACUCGGGGGCGCUGCCGCCGCAGCCGGGCAACAUGGUGGACCCGGGCGCGGGCUUCGCGCCGCCGCUGCGCGACCGCUUCCCCAACUCGGUGUGGCACCCCGCCGCCGGCGCAGACCCCAACGGAGUGGGAACAUGGACUCCUCAAGGUCAGUUCAUUCAGCAGUUAGGGCCAAUCCAAGAAGACCUGAGGUACCAUCACCAUCCUCAGUACAGCAGUGCUGCUCCAUACCAUCAGACUCCAGGUUAUCAGCAGCAGAGUACAUUCCUCAGUAGUGACCCAUCAGCCACAGCAUUUCAGCAACAAACAGCUGCAUCACAGGCUGCCGCUACUGCCACUCAGCAGACCCAGUCUGUGGCAGCCACUGCUCAACAGCAGUACAGUGCUGCCACUCUGAGCAGUGCAAGACCCCCUUCUUCCCCUGCCCAGCCCCUCACUCCUCGGGGUGGCAGCAGUUCAUACUCACAGGUGCACACACCUCAACCAUCACCCCUGGGGACCACAAAUGGCCUCUCCAGCAACCACUCAAGUUCUGUUGGUCUAACUAACAGUGGUGUUAAUGGGUUAGGAAAUGGUCAUGGUGGAACAGCUACAGUGAAUGGAGUCAAUGGUGGAACAGUUCACAGAAACGGUACAUUAAAUGGUCAGUACAUGGACACAUCUCCUGGUAGUCAAUAUGCUGAUCAAAGAGAGUAUGUUAAUGGUGGAAGUAGUUACAAUCCAUCUCAGGAUGUAACUAUGGCUCCUCCACCAUCUACAACUCCAACGAGCCGCAGUAGUUCCGUUCAUUUGGAUCAGAAUGCUGCAGAUGGCACAAAUAUGCUCAACAGUACUAAAAACUCUGGAAACUACAAUAAUAAUUCCACUGCCACCAAUGCUUCAAAUAAUUCAACCGGUCACCCAAACGCCUUGCCUGGAUACCUACUCCCCCCCCAACUGCAGCAGCAGCAUCAGCAGAGUUUACAGAACUCUAGUAGGUAUUCAGGCCAGGAAAAUGCGGGGGAAAUGAUUGGAUCAUGGAGCAGUGCUGAUGCUAGGAUAGGGUGGCAUCAGAAUGAGCAUAACAAUACCAGUAAGACUGAACCAGUCAAUAUGUAUAGGGAUGAUGAUUCCAGUGCCAAUGAAUCAUCAAUGUACAAUGAACGAGUAAAUCUUAAUAGUAGAUUAAAAACCAUGAUAUUAAACAAACAGCAGCAACAGCAGCACCUGAACCAACAGCUCAAUCAGCAGAUGCAUCAAUAUAGUCAGCUUCAGCAGCAACAACAAAUGCAAAGACAAAUGUCAAUGGAAAACCUAAAUCAUCUUAGUUCCUCUGAUGCUAAUAAUAGUCAUAACAGUCAUAGCAGUCACAAUUCAUCUAACAGUUCACACCAUCUAAUGAGUCCCACUGAGCAACAAAUGAAUAAUCAACAUUCACAACAAAGAAUGCCUUCAGUACCAGUAUCCCAAAGCCAAUACAUGUCUUCUCCGAACACAAUGAUGUCCCAAAAUUCUGAAAAUCAUGGUGUAGUGGACAGAUUGAUGAAUGAAAGGCAUAGCAGUGUUGAGAGAAUGAUAAAUGAGGGUCAGGGACACAAUGUAGAGCAUAUGAUAGGAGAAAACCAUAACUCAGUGAAUCAGACAUCAAGCAAUCACAACAACGUUGAACAAAUGAUGAACAGAGAUCACAGUGAUGUGGAUAGAAUAAUGGGGGACAGCCGCAGUAGUGUGGAAAGAAUGAUAGCUGACAAUCAAAAUGGUGUGGAUCAGAUGAUGGAGAAUCAAGCUGGAAUGGAGAGAAUGAUCGCAGACAAUCAAAGUCUUGAUAGAAUGAUAGCUGAUAAUAGUGACAUAGAUCGGAUGUUAGCUAACAGUCAAGUGAAUGUGGAAAGAAAGCACUCGGAUCAGCAUCACCAAGAAGCUCAACCAAAUUCAGAGAAUAAUUUUUUAGUGCAAGGCCACCAUCCUCGGAACCAAACGUCGGCUCUGACAUCUGAGGGUGGUGGCUUCUCGUGGGAUUGGGUGGGGAAUAAUUCAGCAUCACAUGUAGUGGACACUAACAGUAUUGCAGCUAUGGAAAAUUUCAUUAAGUAUGCAGCUGGAGAUGACAGAUGUGGUGGAGGAGGGAGUAGUGGAGGAGGAGGGGGAGCAGCAGCAGCUGCAGCUGCAGCUGCAGCAGGAGGACCUGCAGGUAGGGGAGCAGGUGGGAGGGGAGAAGGAACAAGUUCAACAGCUGAUGUGGGUCUUGCUGCACCAUCAGCUUCAGUUAAGUUUUUAACUGGGAAUCAGUCAUCUUUAUUUCAUCAGAAAUCUAACACAAAUAGUAGACGAAGUAGCAAUGAAAUUACAACCCCAUCUAGUUGGCAUUCUCCUAUUAUUCAAGAGCCAUCCUCAGUUUCUUCCAGAUCAUCAUAUAAAGAUCAUUCCAUAUCACGAAAUCAUUCUACUGCUUAUCCGUGUCGUGAUUCCUUAGUUGAUCCUUUGAAUAGUACCUAUAAAUGUAAAGGAGAAGAAGUUGAUGACAAAUCAUUUCAGAAGCAUAUUGGUGUAGGUAUGAACACUAGAAAUGAAUUUCCAUUGCCAACAUAUCCUAGUGGAAAACAUGGGACAGACAUAGAAAAGGAUCUUCAGGUUGACCCUAUGCGAAAUACAUCCAAUAAUUACUCUUGCCAGAAGACUGUUGAGAGGAAAUUAUCGCAGGGAGGAUUGGGAAGCAACUUCCAUUGUCAACAACCAGCAUCAAUGUAUGAAACUUCGGGAAUUAAAAGUGAACAUCAAAAACAGGCCCCUGGUCAUGUGAAUAUUCCUAUAAGUAACUCGUAUCACUGUCAGAAAUUCUCAGAGAAUAGUCCUCUUGCAACAGAAUGCAGAACCAUGAAUCAGCCUACCAACUCUGGCUAUCCAUGUUCAAGUUUGAAAAACAAAGACGACCCCUCAGUAAUAUCUGAAAGCAGAGAAAAUAAACAAUUAGAUACAAACAUUAGAAAGGAGGAACCAAAGGUGAAAAAAGAACAUCCAUCCCAUAUCUUUGCUGGAGAUGGAGGCCCUGCUGCACUGGAAAAAAUGUCAGGGGCCUGGUGUUGCCGUCAAGGAGGGAUCGAAACCCCAACGCCCGAACACCUACGUGAUGGUUGUUGCCAAGGGCGUCAGACUGCAGACGAGUUCGACACCAAGCAACAGACCCAGUGUCAGGAGUCAGAAGAAGCUAGCAACCCCAAAGGAUAUGGUGGAAUGACAGCAAAAGAGUUCCAGGACCAUAUGGAAAGACUUAAAAACAAUGUUAGGACUGAAGUACCUGACUGUAACUGCUUCCCACCUGAUAAAUGUCCUCCAGAACCUGGUUCCUACUAUACUCAUUUGGGCGCUGCAGCAAGUUUGCCAGAUUUACGCAAGGAUUUAGAAAAACGUACUGGACUUUCUGGAAAAGCGGUUCGAAUUGAAAAAGUCAUGUACACUGGUAAAGAGGGAAAAACCACACAAGGAUGUCCUUUGGCAAAAUGGAUUAUUCGCCGAUCCAAUAGUGAUGAAAAGCUGUUGUGUAUUGUGAAGCACCGUCAGGGUCAUAAGUGUCCAUCUGCUUGGAUAGUAGUGGUGAUGGUAGCAUGGGAAGGAGUACCCCCUCCUGAAGCUGAUCGUGUGUACAACUUGCUUACCCACAAGUUGAAUCGAUAUGGCUUACCCACUACUCGACGUUGUGCAACUAAUGAACCAAGGACAUGUGCGUGUCAAGGUUUAGAUCCAGAUACAUGUGGGGCAUCUUUUUCAUUUGGUUGUUCAUGGUCUAUGUAUUACAACGGCUGCAAGUAUGCUCGCAGUAAGACUGUGCGCAAGUUCCGUCUGUCAGUGCGAUCCGAGGAACAAGAAGUUGAAGAGAGGAUGCAUGUUCUGGCAACUCUAUUGUCCCCUCUUUAUCAGACGUUAGCUCCUGAUGCCUUUACAAACCAGACCCAGUUUGAACGGGAGGCAUCUGAGUGUCGUCUGGGUUUCAAACCAGGGCGGCCUUUCUCUGGAGUCACUGCAUGCAUAGACUUUUGUGCUCAUUCACAUAGAGAUCUACACAAUAUGAAUAAUGGCUGUACUGUGGUGGUGAGCCUGACAAAGCAAAGGUCUUUGGGAAAACCAGAGGAUGAACAACUUCAUGUUUUACCUCUGUAUAUAAUGGAUGAAACAGAUGAAUUUGGCAGCAAAGAGGGUCAGGAAGCAAAAGUAAAAGCUGGAGCUGUUGAAGCACUUACAAAGUUCCCUUGCGAAGUAAGAGUACGAGCUGUUCCUCUCCAACCCUGUAGACGGCAUGGAAAGAAACGUAAAGAAGAUGAACCGGAUGCUGUAAUCAGUCGCAAAGAAACAAAUAACUCUUCAGUUCAUCGAAGUCCUUGCACAGUUGACCCACGAAAUGCAUCUGCAAUGGGAAUAGAUAUGACAACAAUGCUAGAAAACAUGGAAGCACAGUUACAGAGCUCACAGCAACCUGCAUCUCUAUGGCCAGGAGGGGCUUCAACUCAAGGGCAGCAUGGAGGGUCAAACCUCGGUCAGGGCAGUGUUACUUCCUCUUCAUGGCAGAAUGGCUCCAUGCAAACACCAUCUGGAGAUCUCCCUUCCAAGGUACCUUCAUCACCUUCUGCAUCUAUUGGUAUCACUUCCAAACAGAAAAGCCCUGCAAGUGAUACAGGUGGAGGAAUUUCAAGGCAGCUUGGGCAACAAGAUUCAGUGUCAAUGAGGACGGAGCGGUCACCAUAUGCUCAAUUACCCUCCUCUCCUUUCUCAUCUCCUACACAGCAGUCAGCCAGUAGCCCACAAUAUACUUCAAACAAUUCCCUUCACCCACCUUCUCCCACAAAUGCAGUAUCCCUCCAACAUUCAGCAUCUAGUGCUGCAGGUGCUGUUAAUGAUGUUAAUAUUUCUCAAAUUUCACAAGAUAACUUGCAAACAACUAAAACUCCAGAACGAUCAACUUCUGUGCCUUUGCCUCUGACACCUACUGAACAGUCUACUUCCUCCUCUUGUUCAGGGUCUAGUCGUGGAGGAUGGGCUACACCAGAUCGACCGCAAUCAUCUUGGGAGUAUAACCCUCUCACUCCAGCUCCAACUGCUGCGACUUCACCAUUUCGUAUUCCCAAAGGUCGUCCUCCACCUGCAAGUACUUCAAAUGCAAAUUCAUCUCCUGCAUUAGAACUAGGGAUAACAGUUUCUACAGCCUCCACAACACAGAGUGCACCCUCUUAUUGUAAAGGUUUUUUGAAACCCUAUCCUCCUGGAGAUAAAUCAAAUUCUUCUGAAACUUCUCAUCAAUCUGGAGGAAGCACUUCAGUAAAUAUUGGAAAGGAAAGUUCUUCAUCUUGGAAUCAAGAUUCUGGUUUCCAGGUUACAACUAAAACACCAAGACCUCAAAAUUUAUCUCAGCCUGCAUUUGGAUCAUCUGGAAAUUUGCAUGAUAAUUGGUUUGGGAGUGAAACUUCUAAGGGAGGAGGUGGAAAUCAAACUGGCAAAACAUCAUUACAACAAUCAAGUAAGUAUUUGUCAUCUGAUGGCGAUAGUUCCUGCCUCUUGCCAGAUGCAUCUGGACCAAAGAAUGCAUGUGCGGCUGUGAAACAGGAGACCACCUCAUCCUCUUCAUGGCCUCCAAGUGAUGAAAUGAAAGGACUUGGUGAUUAUUUUAGUGUUGCAGCAACUGCUUCAUCUGCCACUUAUCCUGUCACUCCUGCUGUCACUAAUCCAUUUGUCUCUCCCCUUAAUUCUAAUUAUGGAUAUUCUAAUCCACCUUUUGGCUCUGGAGGAUAUUCAAUGUUUCAAGAUGCUAAAAGUUAUGCUAGUGGUGCGUGGAGUGAAGCAGGAUACAUGGACUCUCGAGCUGCAACUCAUAUGAACUAUCCAUAUCAGACAAUGGAUUUUAAUUCUCAGUUUUAUGCUGGUCAGGCAAAACAAGAAGCAGCCGCCAGAUCUGCAUGUUAUCAUUCUUCUCCUUAUGGUUAUCAGGGGAUGGGUCCAUUUAAUCCACAAUAUGCUGGUGCACAGUAUGCUGGCCAGUUUCCUCGAUGGGACCCACAUCGGUGGGAUUUGUAUGGUCCUCCACCUUUCUUUCCUGUGAUGCCAGAACCACAUCGUUCUGAACCCAUUGGAGAAGUGACUGAUUAUAUUGACAACGAAGAAUGUUUCAAAGAUUCUCAAAUGGGAGGGGUGGCCAUUGCCUUGGGUCAUGGUUCUGUUCUCUUUGAGUGUGCUAAGCAUGAGUUACAUGCAACAACUGCUUUGCGACGACCCAAUCGAUUACACCCAACAAGAAUUAGUCUCGUCUUUUAUCAACACCGUAAUCUCAAUCGUGCAAAGCAUGGUUGGGAUGAGUGGGAAGAAAAGAUGAGGCUUCGUAAACUGGGUAUUACAACAACAGCUUCCAGCACUCCAGGUACUGGCUCUGGAUCAAGUGGAGGAAAUUCUAGUAAUAACAACAGCAACCAAGGAAAUUCAGCAAAUAAUUCAGCUGCAGAUAUACUACAUCUUCUGCCUUCAUCAGAUAAACCUCCAACUCUGACCUCUCAGUUCCUAAUGAGAACACCGACCUAUACAACUACGACAUGGACUACCUUAUUUCCCAUGCACCCAUGUAUGGUGACUGGACCGUACCAAGAAGGAGGUGCUGCAGGUUAAACAUUCCAGAAUAUGUUUUCUUCACAACUAGUCUAAACAGUUAACUGUAUUGGUAAUCUCUGUGAGGUCUAUGUAAAAAAAACUCACAGCUUCAUAUCCCUGUUUGCUCUUUUACUUCUCUGGAGCAUUAUUUGAAGGCUGUUUCUCAAUAUCUGCUUCAAACAGUAUUAGUUAUAUAAAUAGCAGUAAUAUAAAUUAUGAAUGCCAAAAUAGUAACCUGUGGACCAUAAUAUACCACAAGUUAUAUUUUCAAUACAAGGCAAUAUGUAGUCUACCAACAUUAGCUAAUGUGUUAGAGGUAUAACUAUGUUUAAGUAUUUCUUGUUGCAGAAAAUAACAGGCAAUGAAAAAUGUACAUUUACUCAUCACUUCUCUAAAUGGAUGAAAAUGAAAGUUUAAAAUCAAGGAAUUUGAAAACGUUCUACAUUCAAAGAAAUUGAAUUUGGCAUUGCAGUUAUUUCUAUACCAAACACACAAGCAGUGUGAAGCCAUUGCUGAAAUGAAUAACCUCUCUGGUUUUUCAAGUACACAUGCUGCAUUCUGCUUGUACUAUGAUAACAAGAACCGUUAGUGUACAAAUUACCAAAUUUUUGUUACAGAUCACCUACAAUAGUGGAAAUAAUCAUGUAUGUCUCUUGUAGAAUGACAUGUCUGCAAUUGUAUCAGUGUUUUAGGAUAUUUACAAUACUAAUAUAUGUAUUGUGUGCAUAAUUUUAAAUCCUCUUUUAAAACUAUACAAUGUAUGUUAAUUUUUACUUACAACUGCCUAAUUUUAUGUCAUAUUUUGCUAAUGGUUUUGUACACAGCUGUAUUUUUUAUUUUGUGAAGAAUUGUUGUGUAAACGAUACCAAUGACUACUAGGAAUUACUGUUUAAUGCUACUCAGUUUAUGGUCUAUGAUACAAGUAUUUGUGGUAUGGCUUUGAUUAAGUGAUUGGGAAGAGUGUGACACUCUUGAUGAGCUUACAAUGUAUUAAAGAAUGCAAUUUGUCGUGUAAUUAACUGGUCUUGGAAUGUAAUUGUGUAGGUAUUUUAAAUUGAUUGUUGAUAGUGGAGACACUAAGAAUUACAUAUGUAAUAUCAUAACAUUUUCAAAAUUAAGAUGUUACUCUCCAAACCUGACAGAUUGAUUUAUUUGAAGUAACAUACCCGAUUCAUCACAUGUUACAUGUUUUUCAUAGUUUUUUGUAGACAAAAUAAAUUUAAUAUCAAAAUCAAUUCAACAUAUCAUGUUAUUUGAUAAUUCUAUUUUGAACUAGUCUAAUUUGCCAUUUUUAAUAUUUUGACACAUUUAUUUUGGUUCUUGUGUCAAAUAGUUAUAAUUCAGGAUAUUUGAAGUAUGUAGGUAGCUAGUCCAAGCCAUAAGUGUUCUUUUUCAAGAAUGUGUAUUCUGUUGUCAAAUGAUCUGCUUAUUAUAUAUUUGCACACCGAGAAAAAUAGAGGAAGAGAGAUUAUUUCUAUAAAUUUGCAAUGAAAUUUCACUCAAUUGUGUUAUGUAUUCUGACAAAUUAUUAAGGUUAAUAAUAGAUUUGCUUUUAUAAAAGAAAAUCUCUCUGGCACGCAAUUCUCUCUAUGAUCUUUGUUACAAAGAAUAAAGAGAUUUUCCUACAUGAAAUUUCUCAACGAAAAGUUGUUAAAACUGUCUCUAAAACUGUUAUUUUUAAUGCAAAAUAAUGUUUUUUGUAUUUUAUAUUUCUUCGCAUUUUUGUAAAACAGUUUUUAUGGUGUUGUUGCCUGUAUUUUCAAUAUUGCUGUAUUUUACUAUUUUGUGGACUUAGCUGCUUGUUUAAAUUCAUUUUGAAAACUUUUAUCAUAGACUGUAUUCAACUAUAAGCCACAGAAUAAGUAUUCAAUUAAUGUUCUUAAUUUUUGAAGUGCAUGUUAAUUUAACUUUUCAUUUGCAUUAUAGUUGAUUGUUUUUAUUUAAACUAAUCAUGUAUUAUUGGCUCUAUUGACCUACAGCUCUCAAUGCCAAAUGAUCUACGAGUUGUCUGUAAAUUAUAAGUAAUUUCUUUUUGUGUGAACAUUAAUGUAGAUAAGAAAAGAUGGUUGAUAGUUCAGUACAUACCUAUGUUUCAUUAUAUUGUAGUGUUAGAAGAUGCUUGCUGUGAUAUGUAAUGAAACGUUGGCAGUACUAAGCUACCACUACUAUCCCAUGUUGCAUGAAACUGCUUCCACACAUUAGUUCCUGGUUACAAAAAAGUUUCUGUAUUAUUGUUAUUCCCAAAGAUAUUUCUAGCUUGAGACUUUCCUAAGAUAUUCUUGUGAAUUUUCACACAGUUGAAAUGCACAUAAAUGAGGUCAAAAGCACUUCUCAUUUCACAAACUUUUCACAAAAGUACGUAGCUAGUCCAGUCUCCCAGGUAAUGUUUACUGCACUGUAUUUUUAAAAUAGAUAUCUUAUUUAAGUUGCCAGCUGGCUAAGUUGGGGCAAAGCACUGAUCUCACGUCAUGUAUUAUUGUUGUGUUUCUAGUUCGUAGUCAAGUUUUAAAAUGCGAGCAACUUUAGUAAUGCUGAAUGGGAUAACUAAGGUUUGAUAUAAGUUUUGUGCAACUUUCAGAACUGUUUUUUGCAUUUUUAUGAGUAAAGCUCAAACCAUACAUAGUAUGGACAAAAAGACUAGGCUCUUUGUUAGAAAGCCUGUAUGUAAGAAAUUUCUGGUAAAAAAACCACCAAACAUUUUAAUCUACAUUUACAAUGGUAGGGCUCUUUUUCAAUCCCAAUGUGUUUGUAGAGGUAAAGCAUCAUUGUAAUUAUUAAUAUAUAAUUAUUUAAUUGUAAUCAAAAUGUAAGGUUUUGACUGACUGAAGGAUGGUGUGUAAUGAUUUUUUAUAAAAUCCUUUUCCUUAUUUUUGAGGAACUGCUUCAUAUACACUGUAUUAUUUAUAAGGUCACAAACAAUUAUGAAAUUAUUAACUUAUAUAUUGUGAAGUAAGGGAAUGGAGGAGAGAGAAAAAAAUAUUUUUUUCAAUAGGAGUGUGCUCUCUUCCAUCCCUGUGUUUUCAGUAGUAGAUUUAAGUGUUAGACCUAACUUAUUGAUGUUCGUAUUCUGUCACUCGCCCUCCUUCCUCCCCCACUGCCUUCUCAACAUGAGCCCCUUACAUAGGUUUCUUCAAAAAGAAAAGAAACUUCACUCACAGAACCAAAAGAGGAAGCUAUUUUUGGAAAUGAGUGAUGAAAUGUUGUUAUAUAGAAGUUGAUGAUAAAAAAGACUAGUAUUUUGACAAUAUGGUAUUUCAAACAAAAAUAAAAUCUAAAAAAAUGACAUAAAUACUGCUAAUUUAUAAGUAAUGUGUACAUAUACGUUUCUGCAAAUUUUUUUAUAAGGUCGUUUUAUUCUUCUCUUGUGUAAUCUAGUGACAAAUGAGCCUAAUUGGCUUCAAACUAUUUAUUAUUUUAAAAUUUUUUAAAAAUGUGAUUACCCCCUUUUAAGAACUGAUAGUAGCUAGUAAGAAUUUUGGCAGUCAAUUUUUGAAGCCAUAAAAAUAAUGGUGAAUCAUUGAGAUAGAUUUAGUGAUAUGUAGUUGAAUGCUCAUUGAACUUGACAUCCAAAACUGACAGAAAAGAUAAACAAAUUGUCUCAGAAACACUAAAAUUACCAGAAGUAAGGAUCCAAAAUAUUACUCUAUAGGUAUUUUAAUGAAAGAAUCUCUCUCUAAAAGGCAAUAUUACAUUUCACUUUCUCAUACUUUUAGAUUACAACAAUAACUAGAUUUAUCUAAUCAUCUACAGUUCAUCAUUGUAAUGUAUCUGCCAUACACUGCAUCAGACACUUUUUCAUUUGCACAUGAUAAAAGAUGCUUCCAAUAAAUACUCUGUUAUAAAACUUUGCAGCCAUUAAUGCAAUUUAUGAUUUGAAAUAUUAAGAAAGCAACCAGCUUGCUGAUUCUCUUUUGAUGAGGGGAAAAUGGGCUCAUCAAUAAUUAACAAGAACAUUUUUGCUUGCUUAGAAUCAAAUUUUCAUUGCCAAUUAUUUGCAUAAUUACACUUUAGGGCCAGCUACUGGCUCUGUUUACAGUAUUUUUUUGUAUAAGAAUUGUAUUAACUUUUAUCUUCGUUGUGUCCUGAUCUUCAUUAGUAUUUGUUGAUAAUUAGGUUUCCUUUUUAUGAAACAUAAAUUAUUAUUAAUGUUUUUAUAAUACAUGUGUGUACAUAUUGAACUGUCGCUCAUUAAAAAAGAGUACAAUUUUUUUAAGUAGUAUGAAGUUCAAACUUUACUUGUCAGCUGAAUUUUUGUUGCAUUUUUUUGAGGAGAGUUUUGAUUGACUUAAAAUUCCUUUCAGUGAAAAUGAGAGAUGAUGUUGUUUUAUAAGUGCCAAGACACCCUGAGCUAGAUGAAAUGUAUGUUAGCAUUCAGGCCCAUUUAUUGAUGCCUUCAGAUUUUAGUUUUCUAGUGAAUGUCCCUGCUGUGUUCCUCUUGAGAUCCAAAACAUCAUGAUGCAGAAUUUUUUAAGAAAAUGUAUCAAAAAUUAUAAAAACAAGAUUGAAAUUGUCAAGUACAUGACAGCCCCAUAGAUUCCUAUCACCAUCCUCAGCCCUCCCUCUCACUCCAUCUAUUUGUAAUUUGUACAGUUCUGAAAAUCAAAUGCGAUUAUCCUUCCAUACAAAAGAAGUUAAAAAAUGAAAGAUUGUUUUAUAUAUAAUGAAAAAUUCAAGCUAAUUUUUAAUGAAAUAUCUGAUGUCCAUCAUGUUGGAUAUUAAAAAACUAGUUUUACAUAACGGAUAUAAUUUUUUUGAGAAAAUAUUGAAAACAAUAGCCUAUUAGUAAGUGUGUGUUCGUACAUUUCAUGUGAAAAAAUAAGGUAUUUAAAUUGUAGGAUGAAGCUUCUUGGAAAAAUCAGUACAAUAUCACUCUUUUUUUCACAUGAAAAUAUAACAAAAAUAAUAUGAUGAGAAAGUAUAUAUUUAUAUACUUUGUAUAUAUAUUUUUGACACUUUGUGUAAAACAGAAACUGAAAAUAGCAUUUUGAUGCCAGUUGAUUAAUCUGUGAGUGUUGUCAACAUUUUUAGAGAGCAAGAGAAAGUGAACAAGAAAAUAGUGUUUUGUGCUGUACAAAUUAGUGUUUGUGUCAUGUUUUUGUUCAUUAUUAUAAUUACUAUUAUUAUUAUUCAGGGAAACUAUUUUUAAUUUAAUUUGUAUUAUGUGUUCUGUGUUCAUAGACCAAAAAUAAGUAAGACAUAAAGGAGAAUAUUAAUGAGUUUAUCUCCAAGUCAGUCUUAAAACAUUGUUUCUAAGGAAUUUUAGAAGGUAAAUGCUGUAGAAACAUAAUCCUAUAUCAUAAGUAAACAAUUAGUGAUGUAGUUGUGAGUAAAGAUAAUUAUAAUAAUGCAUAAUUGUAAUUGUUUUUUGUGAAUAUAGCCACACUUUGUGAAUAUUUGUGAAGAUA